GUCUUUUCCGGCUGAGUGUCAGCAGCAGCAACAACAGCAGCAGCAUCAUCAUCAUCAUCAUCAUCAUCAUCCCUGUCCAAGAGAAGCGAAAUCCAGUCAUCAUCACAGGUGUCCCUGUUUCCAGAGACAAGAAAGAGAGACCAUGUUUUAGAGACCUUGUGUUGUCAGCCCAUUCUCUACAAUGAACAAUGAAGACGAGUUCUAUGAUGCCGUCACAGGCUUGGAUUCAGACGAGUCGUGUGAAGGCACAUCAGAAGCCAGUUUUAAAGACGCUGUAGUGUAUGACGGCCCUCAGAAGAACAAUGGAGCUGUUCCUCAGGAGAACGGAAUUAAGAAGCGCAGGUCGUCUCUUCCUGCCCCUAUGUUCUCCAGAAAUGAUUUUAGUGUUUGGAGCAUUCUCAAGAAAUGUAUUGGACUGGAGCUGUCAAAGAUCACCAUGCCCAUUGUGUUCAAUGAGCCCCUGAGCUUUCUGCAGAGAAUCUCUGAGUAUAUGGAGCACACAUACCUCAUCCACAAAGCCUGCUCACAGAACGACUCUAUAGAGAGGAUGCAGACGGUAGCUGCCUUCGCUGUGUCUGCAGUCGCUUCUCAGUGGGAUAGAACUGGAAAACCUUUCAACCCGCUUUUAGGAGAAACCUACGAACUCGUACGAGAGGAUCAGGGUUUCAGACUGAUCUCAGAGCAGGUGAGUCACCAUCCGCCCAUCAGUGCGUUUCACACUGAGAGUCUGACGGGCGACUUUGUGUUCCACGGCUCCAUCUACCCCAAACUCAAGUUCUGGGGCAAAAGUGUGGAGGCAGAACCUAAAGGGACCAUCACGCUAGAGCUUCACAAGCAUAAAGAGGCAUACACAUGGACGAACCCUUUUUGCUGUGUACAUAAUGUAAUUAUCGGUAAACUGUGGAUUGAACAGUACGGCAAUGUGGAAAUCGUCAACCACAGUACUGGAGAGAAGUGCGUGCUGAACUUUAAACCCUGUGGGAUGUUUGGAAAGGAGCUGCACAGAGUUGAAGGUUACAUCCAGGAUAAGAGUAAGAAGAAGCGCUGUGUGAUUUAUGGGAAAUGGACGGAGUGUAUGUGGAGCGUCGACCCACAUGUGUACGAGGCCCAUCGGAAGCUCGAGAAGAAAGGAGCGACGGACACUAAAAAACAGAAACAGGAGGAGCCAGAAGCUGUCAACGAGGAUGAAGAUGAAAUGCCUGAUGUACAAGAAACUGUGGCUGUGGUUCCUGGUAGCACGUUAUUAUGGAGAAUAUCAUCUAGACCUUCUCAUUCGGCAGAGAUGUAUAACUUCACUAACUUUGCCAUGACACUGAAUGAGCUGGAGCCUGGCAUGGAAGGAGUGCUGGGACCAACAGACUGCCGCCUACGGCCUGACAUCAGAGCCAUGGAGAACGGCAACAUGGAUGAAGCCAGCAGAGAAAAGGAGAGACUGGAGGAGAAACAGAGAGCAGCUCGUAAGGAGCGGGCCAAAGAUGGCGAAGAGUGGUCCACAAGGUGGUUUCAGUCGGGCACAAACCCAUACACAGGAUCACAGGACUGGCUCUACACUGGCGGCUACUUUGAUAGGAAAUACACAGACUGUCCUGACAUCUACUGAUGAGGAGGUGCAAGUUUCAUCACCUCCUUCCUCACCAUGCACCAUAUUGUACCCAACCGAAAACAAUAGCACUUAUGCUCACAUUAAUAUCGUGCGGCCACCAUCUUCAGCACUUGCGUUUAUGAUCAAGCUUUUUGAAUUCAUCAGCCCUGUAGGUUUUAUCAAUGGAGGAGAGUUUCGAAACAGCAGUGAACGUUCAAGCCUCAUCAGAGCUCCAGCUGGGUCACCGUCAGUGAGUCCGGAGCUCGAUGUAGACGUAGUUACAUCACAUGAAGUCACUGCUAAAAUGUUUCUUUGGCCACUUUCCAUGUACAGUAGGCGUUUAACAAACUAAUUCCAGAUGUUUUGAGUUGGGCUAGCACUGAGCCACCUAAGACCUCGGAUCCAGAGCGUGAAUGUGAUCAAGCAUUAAUUCAAAAGUACAACACUUAGAGUGUUUAGUGAAUGAUGAUGAAUGUUAUUAUUAAUGAACUCUGUGUGUGUGUGCGUGUGUGUGUGUGUGUGUGUGUGUGUGUGUGUGUGUGUGUGCGUGUGGCAAUUAUGUAAAAAGUAAUCGUUUUUUUGUUUUUGUUUUAAUUGGUACAAUAUUUUGCCCUUCGGAUUUGGUUUCAGAUUAAACUUUACGCAAAAUGUCCUCACCAUGCGUUCAAUAUGGUGAUGUGUUUUAAAAAAAAGCAUCAAAAGCUCUUUUUUGUUCACUUUGUGGUUCCCGCAGAGACUCAUGGGAUGUAAAAUAGGCUGAUUGUACUGAGUUUAAUGUUUAAUAAGUUACAACUAGCUCUGUUGACAUUUAUAAAAGCACAAUUUUCAUAUUCCACAUUUUUUAUGAGGUAUCGGUGUCACACUAAAUUGUUCGAGCACUAUCCGUUGAAUUUAGGAAAAGUAGGGUUUCGUGGGUUGGUUUAUCCAUCAGCAUUUGCAUUUGUUAUCGCUGCUCUCAAACACAGACAUGUACAUUGUGUAUUUAAGAAAACGGACUAAAUCUAUGCAACCCAUCAAACUGCUCAAACACCCCAUGUCUUGAUGAACGUAUGGAACGGCAGCUUAAAUAACAUGCAUCUCAAUUUAAGAGUAUAUUUCCUGCCUAUAAAUGCCAUAAAGUAUUUUACGAUCUAUUCAUUCUCAUUCAGACUGCUUCCUUUCAUUUAGAGAUGAUCUGAAGUCAAGUAAGCGGGUUUGAAGCACAGUGAUGCGACAGUUGCUGCUCUUUUCAUGUACACACACACACACACACACACGUUUAGUUUCCCACAGUGCCUGACUUUGAAUGGAUCUGUUAGUCACUAAUGCUUAACCUCAAGCGGUUUGUUCCUGCGCACCUUUCCCCUCGUCUAAGCACUAAACGUCAACAGGAAUGUCGAAAUUUGUUAGAUACACGCUCGACUUUCAGUACACUACUUGUUUUGCAUCCUUUAUUGUUGUCUGUUGCUUCAUUAAAUGUACAUUUGAUCAUUUGAAAACUAGCGUGCGUUAUGAGACUAAUAUUACACAAUUAAACUGUAGAUUUCAUUUUUUUUAUGUGACGUUGUGUGAGUUCAUUGUGUAAGUGGAAUGAUUAAGCGUCCCUCUUGUCGUAUUUUCAAUGUACGGAUGUCUGUAUGUUCCAAGAUGUUGCACAUAGAUUUCUAGCAAUCAUAAGCACAUGGCUCUUAUUUUGUGCAAUGAUUUAUUUUUAUAGUAUUUAAUUGUUUUUGUUAAAAGGUGUCAAAGGGUAUUUUACUGUGAGAUGAGGCUUGUACUUCAUUUGUGAACAGUUUGCUUUGGAAUUAAAUGGGGAUGUCAUUCUGGUGAGAACAAAUUCUACUAACUGAAAUUUUAGUUUGAAAAUGUUGAUUCUUUUGGAAUAAAAACAUGACAUUGAUAAAGCUC